AUGCAGGCGGCUGUGGAGGACGGUCGCCCGCUGGUUCAUCAGAUGCUCAUGGGUCAGGGAAAGACGACCGUCGUCACGCCGCUAACCAUUCUCGUCCAUGGAACCUCCGCGAGGGCCUGCGUCGUCUGCUGCCCAAGCGCCCUCCUCGAGUUCACGUGCAAGGUUCUCCGGGAGCGCCUGUGCGGCGUGCUGUUCCGGCCCGUUGUGGAGUUUCACUUCACUCGCUCGACGCCGGUCUCCGACGACCACUUCUUUAAGCUACUGCACGCCCAGGCGUCGCGAGCUGUUCUGUGCUCUGGGCCUACGGCCCUCAAGUCACUCUUGCUUCGCUUCGUGCUGACGCUGCAUGCCAUCGACGUGGCCCAAAGCAAGGAAGUGGAGCGGCACGAGGUGGAUCGGAGCCAGGGCUUCCUGGGCUCUUCGGUGAAGAACCUGCUUUCCUGGCCGCGGUGGUCCGCCAGGAACGCAGCUGUGGAGCGUCUUGAAGCCUUGCGCUUCGAGGCCUCAGCACUUCGAUGGGCUCUGGGCGUCUUCCGAGGCGCCGUUCUCCUGCUGGACGACAUCGACCUGCUGAUGCAUCCUCUUCGCAGCGAGCUCCACUGGCCCCUCGGGGAUCAGCACAAGCUCGACUUCACGACCGCCGCGAGCGGGGCCCGCGAGCCCGCGGAGACGAGUGGUGAGUUGGGUCAGGACUCGGCGGUAUCUUUCACCCCGAGCGGCCCGCAAGAAGAACUCAGCCAGUACAAGGUCGUGGUCCAAAGCUUUGGGCUGCCUCUGGCGAAUACUCUAGGCCACCCUAGCGCCAUACGUCAGAUGCCCAUUCCGCCUGCUGGGUCUGACCUCCAUUUCGUCACCUUUGCUUCGGCCGCGGCCUGUUUCCCCAACUGGAUGGAGAGCGACAGUUUCUAUAUGCUGGGGUUGAGGUUCUCGGCUUAA